GUCAUCACGGGGACACGGGCCGAAUAUUGAUCAUCCACAGCUGAUUUAGUCUCUGAUGUUCUCAGCAGACGACAAGAUGGCGGCUGCAGCACCAGAUGAUGAUUAUUCAAAUCCUGUGAAGCGCAGCAGAAGCCCUGACUUUGGUCGUCCUUACUUUUCAGAUAAGAUAGAACCCAGGAAGCGCAGAAGCAGCAUUGUAGGCCUGCCACCUAACAUGUCUGAGCUGAGGGUUGUUCUGCUGGGGAACAGCUGGUCUGAGAGGAGUUCAGUGGGGAACUUCAUACUGGGAGAGACUGCGUUCAACACUGAGGAAGAACCAGACUGCUGUCAGAGAUUCACAGGACAUUUGAAGAAGAAAGAAAUAGUUCUCAUCAACACCCCAGAUCUGCUGCAUUACAACAUCUCUGAACACAAACUGAUAGAAAAUGUGAAAAACUGUGUGAGUCUCUCUAAUCCUGGACCUCAUGUGUUCCUGCUGGUUCUACAGCCUGAAGACUUCACUGAGGAACAAAAACUGAAGCUCUGCAGAGUCCUUCAACUCUUCAUUGAUCAAUCAUUUGACCAUUCACUGGUUCUGAUAUCAGCACCCAGAGAGGAGAGUUCAGGUUCCAUUGAAAACUAUAUGCAACAUCCACCAUUAGGAGACAUGAUCAGAAUAUGUGAAUACAGAUUAUUGUUACAGAAGAACCUUGAACUUGACGAGCUCUUAACACGCUUCAGCCAAAUUGUAAAAGAGAACAACGGAGAUCAUGUGAUCUGUGACGUGUUUGAGGACACAAAGUCUGACUUAACCAGUGGUCUUGGAAGCCUGAAACAAGGGGAAACGGACAGUGUCCGCUUGGAUCCUUUUAGAGCAGCUGUUGCAAUCAAGUCACACACUCCUUCACCAGUGGAAAGUACAACCAACCAGAGGCCUGUGCUCAGGAUUCUGCUGGUCGGAAAAUGUGAGAAGAAAAAAACAAAACUUGGCAAUUUCAUUAUGGGAGCUCCAGCAUUUCAUUUCCUCAAAGAUUUUCCAAUCAAACAAUGUGUGGCCACCUGUGGAGAGCGGAGAGGAAAAUCUCUAACUGUAGUAAAAACAUCAGACAUGUUCAGUUUGCCUGAGCAGAAAGUGAGAAAAGAGGCAAGAACCUGCGUGAAUCUUUGUUCUCCUGGACCAAAUGUUCUGCUGCUGUUAGUGAAACCUUCUGAUUUCACUGAGGAGAACAGACGAACACUGAAGUUCAUCCUGAGUCUGUUUGGUCCAGAUGCUUUUAAACACUCGAUGGUCGUCAUGACAGAGAAGGAAAGUGGAACACAUUCCACUGUGAAUGAGCUGCUUAAAGACUGCGAUGGAAGACACUAUAACGUGGUUGAAAGUAACCACAAACUGUUGAUGGAGAAGAUUGAGAACAUUGUGCGUGAAAACAAAGAAACCUUCCUCACCUUCUCUGAAGAGUCUGAACACAUGAAACCAGCUUUAAACCUGGUUCUGUGUGGGAGGAGAGGAGCAGGGAAGACUUCAGCAGCCGAGGCCAUUUUAGGUCAGACAGAGCUUCAUUCAGUCUCCAGCUCAUCAGAGUGUGUUAAACAUCAGGGAGAGGUGAGAGGACGUCAGGUUUCCCUGGUGGAGCUUCCUGCCUUGUAUGGAAAACCUCAGGAGGAAGUGAUGAAGGAAUCACUCAGGUGUAUCUCCCUCUGUGAUCCUGAAGGCGUCCAUGCCUUCAUCCUGGUCCUACCUGUGGGUCCCCUCACUGAUGAAGACAAGAAAGAGUUAGAGACCAUCCAGAACUCAUUCAGCUCUCCAGUCAAUGACUUCACCAUGAUUCUGUUCACUGUGGAGUCAGAUCCUGCAGCUCCAGCUGAUGUUGACUUUAUAAGAAAGAACAGAGACAUCCAGGAGCUGCUUCAGAGCUGUGGAGGAAGAUCUGUUGUUGUCAACAUCAAGGAUAAGCAGCAGAUCUCUGAGGUUUUGGAGGCUGUGGACAAGAUGAGAGUUGAAGGAUCCAGAUGCUUCACAAAGGACAUGUUCACCAAGGCUCAGAUGGAGAAGGUUUCACAACUCAAAGCUGAACUUCAGGAUGUCAGACAGAGGAGUGGGAUGGGAGGUGAUGAUGAGAGGCAGAGCAGAGAGCCUCUCAGGAUGGUGCUGAUUGGGAAGACUGGCAGUGGGAAGAGUGCAACAGCAAACACCAUUUUGGACAUAAAGCAUUUUAAACCCAGAAUUGCCCCAAAACCACCGACCACGUCUUGUGAAACAGCAACUGGAGAGAUUGAUGGACGGCCUGUUGUUGUGGUAAAAACACCCCCCUUGUUUGAUACAACUCUCUCUGAUGAUCAAAUGAAACAGGAGCUUCAGAGAUGCUUCAGCAUGUUGGCUCCUGGACCUCAUGUGUUCUUACUGGUUCUGCAGAUUGGGAACUUCACACCAGAGGAGAAAGACUCUGUGGAACUGAUCAAGAAAUAUUUUGGGAGAAAGUCUAGAGAUUUCACCAUCAUUAUAUUCACCAGAGGAGAAGAACUGGACGAUCAGUCAUUUGAGAGUUAUAUCAAAGAUUGUAACGACUUUGUCAAACAACUAAUAAACGACUGUGGAGGAAGAUAUCAGGUCUUUAAUAACAAAGAUGAAUCAAACCGCACACAAGUCCAGGAGCUGCUGACCAAGAUCGAAACCAUGGUAACGCUAAAUGGUGGCAGCUGCUACAACGCUGAGAUGUUUGAUGACACAGAGCAAUCCACAAAAAUACAAGUGGAGAGGAUGAGGAAAGAGAAGGAAGAAGAGAUGAAGGAGAUGAAGAGAAAUCAUGAGGAAGAAUUUAAAAAACUGAGAGGAGAAAUUGAACAGGAGAAAGAACAAAGAGCAAAACAGCUGAAGGACAAAGACGAACACAUCAACAAAGAGCGUGAGGAGAGAAAGAAAGAACGAGAGGAAGAUGAAAAGAGAUGGAAAAAACAACAAGAAACUCUACAACAGGAAUGGAGAGGAAAACUGGAAGCUUCAGAGAAAAGAGUUCAGUCAGAAAAAGAGCAAAAGGAAAAUGCUGAGAGGAAUCUGGAGCAGAGUAGAGAAGAGAUGAAGAGAGAUCGAGAGGCCUGGGAUAAGGAAAGAAAGGACAUGGGAAAAAAAAUUCUCGAACUUGAACAGAAUCUGGAGGACGAGAAAACAAGAUACAGAAAUCUCCAACAGGAGAACUGUUUAUUCUAGUAUCACUUGUUAUAUGUUAUUUCUUAGAUAGGUAUCCUCACACACUACAGAGUCCUAAGCCAAAAGAAGAGAAGAAGAAGAGUUUUACAACUUGCUAGUCAGGUAAAAGUUGCAGUUUGACAUUUAUAGACUUUGCAGAUAAAGGUAUAUUUAUAAAGUUUACACUAGGAGUGAUUAAGUAAAAUACAGAGAGGAAAGACAAUAGAAACUAGCCAGCCAACUAACAUUGUGAAUGUUUGUGGUGCGUUAAAGGUACUAUAUGAUUUUUCUAAACACACUAUACAACGUUUACAAUGAGCAAGUGCGAGAGAGCAGCGGUGGUCAAGCAAGAAUAAAGAGAGGAAGCGGCGUUUGUGAGAACAAAGCAGUGAAUCAGAGAAAUAUAAUGUUAUUCUCUGAUAGUUUCACAGUGGUUAUGUUCAAAUUUACAGAUUACUUUUGUAUUGUUAUAUGAGUCUAUGCAUUGUUUUUUUUACUUUAAGUCCUGCAUAUUAUACCUUUAAAGUCACCUCUGAAAAAUGUUGUUCCUGAUGUGCAAACACCUUUAUGUCUUCUACAUUCAGUUCUCUGGUUGUUGAGUAGGUUUUCUCAAACCCCAGUUUACUAUGUGACUUAAAAUAAAAAUGGACAACAGUAAUUGUUUUAAUUUUCCAAUGUGGCUGGAAACUCAACAACCAGGAUACAGCUACUUUGAAAUGAGUUGGUUAAACCUGUAAAAUCACAUUUCUGGUGCAUAAAAGCAGUGAUGAUCAAGUAACAUAAAAUAUAAUUAAAAAUAUAAAAUACAGUUCUAAAUACUGGUGAGUAAUUAAAGCCUCCAGACCCACAGGUCUCAUCUUCUCUAUAUAGAAUAUGUAGAAAAAGACUUAAUGUCGCAGUUUAGAAAUAUUUACUAAUCAUCAAUUGCUAUCUUACAGUAACUCCAGUGGCCAGAAGUGUCCCUCUCUUCAGAGGUCCCGUCCUCUCAGUGAUUGCUUUUACAUGCACACUAGUAUUCCAAUAGUAGUAUAUCUAGUAUUUCAGUAGUUAUUCCUGGAUAUAAAAUUUUGAAUAUUGUCAUAUUCAUGGUUCAAACACCUUUAAAAGUCUGAUCAAAAGUGUGUAUGAAUUCCAGGAGAGGCCUGUGCUAGCUAGCUAAGAGAGAUAACAGUAGAUAGUAGUCACUACCAUCAGUAAGUGUAAUGUAAAUACCACUGCUCACUGGAAAUUCACUUCUUUGCAGCAGAGAGAGAUAAAUGAGAAAAAUCAUGUUUUGUUUUUUGUUUUUUAUCUCUAUGUGUCUCACAACUGAGC